AUGAAGUUGCCAGUCGAUCCCACCCCCACAGCCCUAGCCAUCUUAGGAAUUUGCCUGAAUCAUGCGAGUGCGCAAUCGUUCGAUCUGAUGAGGCUCGAUGGCGGCGACCCAGUCAAUGCGAUCGGCAGCAGCAGUCUCGGCGCGUUGGCCAAUGUGGCCGUGGGUGCUCUGAGUUUCGUCGGACUUCUCGGCGGUCUGGGCGCGGGUCUCGGCGCCAGCAGUCUCGCCAGUGUCAGCACCCUCGGCCUCAUAGGGCUCUUGGGCUCGGCGACGAACGUAGAAGCCGGCGGCAAGGGAGGAGGCGGCGGCAAGAAAGGCGGAGGUGGCAAGAAGGGAGGCAAAGGCGGAGGUAAAAAAGGUGGAGGUAAGAAAGGCGGAGGAGGCAAGAAGGGCGGCGGAGGUAAGAAAGGCGGCGGCAAGGGCAAGAAAGGUGGCGGCAAGAAAGGUGGCAAGGGCGGCGGAAAAGGAGGCAAAGGAGGCGGCAAAGGCGGCGGAAAAGGAGGCAAAGGUGGCGGAAAAGGAGGCGGAAAGGGAGGCAAAGGCGGUGGAAAAGGAGGCGGCAAGGGAGGACAUUAG